GCCGUACGACAUCCGAAGGCAAGGGAGCCGUGCUGUCCUCCCAGAAAAAAAAAAGAUCGCGAAGAACUGAUCGAUGACAAGCACGUCCGCCUUAGGUCUUAGACUUCCAGGACGCAACAUUGAUUCAACACCCAGGUCGCCUUUCCAUCCCCCGACCCCGAGGGAAGCUGUCAGGAUGUCGCCGGCAACACCAAGCCCGAGUAGGUCACAGGCACUCGACGACAUGAUCAUGGGGACAAAUAGCAGCAGCAUCGUCUCCAAAAGAAGCGUCGAGCGCCUGUACUACCCUGAUGAGACGCACUUCUUCCGCUACUUCGUGAAGAAGUUCCAGAGGAGAGCGCCUCUCAUUAACCGCGGCUACUGGUUGAGACUGCGUGCCAUCGAUGUUGUGGUCCGCCAAUUCCUCACACGCCCGUCUGAGCGCAAGAAGCUCGUCAUCAAUCUCGGCUGUGGAAGUGAUGUAUUGCCUUGGCAGUGUCAUGCCCGUCAUGGCUCAGCAUGCGAUCGGGUGCUCUUCAUCGACAUCGACUAUCCGGAUCUCAUGUACAAGAAGCGCGCUGUUGUACUGGAGACGCCUGAAUUGAAAGAGCUGCUCGGCCAAGAAUACAUCAUCGGCGAGUCCGAUAUUCUUUUACGCAGCGAACGGUACUGCCAGAUAGGAUGCGACCUUCGACAGCUCCAGAAACUUCGUACGACGCUAGAAUCAUUUCUGUCUCUCGAUGACUGUGAGGUCUUGUUCGUGGCUGAAGUGUCCAUUACCUACAUGGACACCACGUCGGCCGACUUGCUUCUCCAGUGGGCAAGCAUCGUUGGGAAAGCCGAAUUCUGCCUUCUGGAACAGAUUCUCCCACAUGGUCCGGAUCAUCCAUUUGCUAAGACAAUGCUGAUCCACUUUGACAAGCUCAAAACCCCACCGAGAUCGGUUCGACAGUAUCCGACCCUCGACAGCCAGCGGAAUCGCUUUCUUGACCGAGGUUGGGCGGAUGUUGCCAUAUGGGAUCUUUGGCAAGUUUGGUCCGACGAUUACUUCGUGAAUGGCGAAGAGAGGUCUGCACUUGACCAGGUGGAGCCAUUUGAUGAAUGGGAGGAGUUCAUUUUGUUCUCGCGACACUAUUUCAUUGUUCACGCAGUCGCCCCUGGGGUCGUCGUGGUGGAUCGUGGUGGAAGUCUUGCUACUGGGGGCGCUGCACCAUCGCGGACACCAAACUUCGAGCGUCUCGACGUGGCCGUGACAACACACAGCAACUCGGCUCCCAGACGUCGCUAUGGGGAGGCCUUUUUGGUCUCGGACAGCCGUGGCCGAAAGUCUUUGCUUCACAUGGGCGGCUUGGGAAGUAGCGGCCGGUCCGAUAGCUGGGACAUUUACUCGCUCAGUGGGCAUAGCGAACCGCCGCGUUUGCCACUCAGGGGACCCCCUUCCAGGAUGUGCUUCACUAUGACGGACUUGGGCGACUUCGGGAUUCUGCUGGCUGGUGGCAGAACGUCCCCAGGAAACGCGCUGUCGGAUUGCUGGCUGUACCAGAAAGGCGCGAAACCCUCCUGGCAGAUGACCUGGCGACUCCCUGCCCCCUUGUAUAGGCACUCGGCAAUCAGAUUGAAGGGAACGUCUCUCGCAUUAGUCUUGGGUGGCAAGACUGGCGCGUCGACGCUCUCCAGCGAGUGCUACGUCUUCUGUCUCGAAAGAGGCUGGCUUCGGUGCCAUGUUCAAGGUGCAGAUCGCUGUGCGGCGUUUGGGGCCGUGGUCUAUGGUGAUGCUUCUGUUGAAACGAAGGAGGGAGUGUUUAGCGGUGUGGUUGCUGGAGGCAUUCGCGAAGAUGGCUGCAUCUGCACGAAAGAGUACUCGUGGCGUCUCAGCGUCCUGGAGGAACGGCCGACCAUUGAAUUCAAGGUUCUGUCUGAUUCUCAACAGCUUGGAGGAGCAUUGGCUCUGUUUGGCGCAAAAUGCGUCGACCUGGGUCCAGACUGGCUGCUCUGUGGCGGUUUGGGACACGAGGCGUCAUUCCUGGGUCGGGAUCUCGUCCUCAUUAGUAGAGACAUUGACGGGAAACGCAUUGCAAAGGUUCAUGGAGCCAAAAACGAGUCUAUGGCGUGGCCGUUCAUGAUUGGGUGUGGCGCCGUGACAACUUCCACCCGGGUCCUUCUCGUCGGUGGGGGGGCAACGUGCUUCUCAAUGGGAACAUUUUGGGACGCUGGUGUUUACAGUAUCGACAUACUAGGGGCUCUGAGCGGCGAGAAACCUAGGACACGUGGGAAUCCCGCGGUCCAGCAUACCGAGACCCGAAGGAUCGUGAGCACUGCGGGGGCCACGAGCCCGGCCGACGCGCAUGGGGAAGAGCUGACCAUUACCCAAGUACCGCGAAUAAGGCUGGGAACUGGAGCUAUCACAUUUGACGACAUACUUUCUGAUGCGAAACCGGUCAUUCUUGAGGGUCUAACCGUGGGGACAUGUGUGGAAAAAUGGACGCCGCGGUACAUGGUGGAGCAAGUCGGCGACGAUACCGAGGUCGUUGUGCACGAAUGCCACAGAGACUUGCAGAAGAUGGACUUCAACUCAAAGAACUUUGACUAUGUCCGUGACUCCUUUGGGAAGAUAGUGAGCAAGAUGCAGGCAGGGGCUCGGAUGUAUCUGCGGUCGCUGUCACGCGACAAGCCAUCAGCGGCGCCAGCGAUCCUUGAGAACGACUUUCCGCGCCUGGCAAUAGACUUUUGUUUGCCACCAGAGUUGGCUCACAUCGGCAAGAAUCUCUUCAGCUCAGUCCUUCGUAUGUCGGGCAUGGUCACCAUGUGGCUCCACUACGACGUAGGCACCACCCAGGGGGAUGCGGUGCUAGAAACGGUGAUGAACCGGAAACGCUGAUGGAAGUGCAGGUCAUGGCGAACGUAUACACGCAGGUAGUGGGGGAAAGGCGCAUGGUUCUCUUCCCACCAAGCGAUGUGACGCGCCUCUCGUUUCCGCCAGGGGCAUCCAGCUCAAGCGUCGACAUCUUCGCCGCCCUCGACGCAGAGUCGCCAGCGACGGAGGUAUUUGACCUGGCAGGAACGCAUCCAUGCGAAGCGCGCCUUGGGCCUGGAGACAUCCUGUUCAUACCGCCGCUGUGGCUCCACACGGCGACGCCCCUAUCCAACAUGAGCGUAGCGGUCAACACGUUCUUCCGAGACCUCGAGAGUGGAUACGCCGCCGGCAGGGACGUGUACGGGAACCGGGAUCUGGCGGCGUACGAGAAAGCAAGACUGGACGUGGCGCGGGUGGCCAGGAGCUUCCAGCAGCUGCCGCUCGAAACGCGGCGCUUCUACAUGGCGCGCGUUGCCGAGGAACUGCGACAGGCCGCUGAGGGUGUCUGAGGCGGCGGGAUGGCGACGAUUGUCAGCCUGCCUGCCAUGUGAGAGUACCUAGCAUCUAUAAGGACAGGCGAGUGCCGGAGCGAUGGAUGAGGUUGAGAGGUUGACGGGUUUGGCAACCAACCGAGUUACUUUUGUACUUUGCACCAAGCACCUCAUUACGACCUACCUAGUAACGUCACUACCUAGGUACUAAACUCCCAAGUUG